UUGCCUUUCUCCAUCAUGGCGGACGAAGACAUGUCGGAUUACCCGACCAUGUUCGACCCUGCAAGCCUCGUACGCAAGGGCUUUUGCCCUGUGCAUUCCGGGCUCUCCUUACUGCACACCCACUCGCUUUAUUAUGAACAACAUGGCACAGGGCGCCAGCGCGUUGUACUUAUUAGCGGGCUCAACACCAACUCCUUCGCUUGGGAAUUUCAGGUCCGCGAACUGGCGCAGAAAUAUUCGGUCCUCGUGUUUGACAAUCGUGGAGUGGGUUACUCUGGCUAUCCUGCUGGUCGAUAUACAACCUCAGGGAUGGCGCAAGAUAUUGUCACUCUCCUCGACCAUAUCGGGUGGAAGUCGCCACGAGAGAUUCAUGUCGUGGGUACAAGUCUAGGCGGAAUGAUCGCUCAAGGUUCCCCUCUCUCCUCUCGCUAUAAGUAUACUGUUGAUGUCUUAAAAUCAAAAGAACUCGCGUCUAGUAUUCCAGAACGAAUUGCAUCUUUGACACUUGCUGUCACUACACCGGGCGGACGACCAUGGCAAAAUUUACCCCCCUGGGAGGGCGUGAAAUGUCUCACCCGACUGCUCUUCAUUGCAGAGCCUGAGAAAAAGGCCCCGACUGUCAUGAAGAUGCUUUAUACCCCAUCCUGGCUGGAGGCGUCGUCCCUGAUAGAUCCAGGUCGGACCAAUCGUCAAGUACAAACGGAGACAUAUCUUCGACGUGUUGUCUUUGGACCUAAACAACAAGUUAUCGGCCACAUCUCUCAGCUCGGCGCGGGCCUCACCCACCACGUUAGCGAGACACGUCUCGCUCGCAUUGCGGGCACGAUACCCAAGGUCGUUAUUCUGUGUGGCGACCAGGACCAUCUCAUGGAUUUGCAACACUCGAGAGACCUUAAAGCAGCAAUGCCGGACGCUGAGUUCGUACAGUGGGACAACACCGGCCACGGAAUCCAUUCGCAGCGACCUAUAGAGUUUAGAGAUUUGUUGAUGAGGGUGUUUGAAGAAGCUGAGCAGGAUCGGAAAUGA